UAUCUGACAUUACAAUUUAUACAAGAAAAACGUAAACUUUCUUCAAAAACAUGGUGGCAUCUCAGUGAAAAGGGUGUAUAUUUCCACUAUUCAUAAUAAAAAUUAAGAAGCUUAUUAAGCAGGAGUGUUUGAUACAAUUUGUAAACACCGCACCAAUAAGCUUCAUACAAAAUUAAGUAUGACGUCUGAAGAAAUCCAGAUAUCCGAAGAACUUAAGGGAUGUUACGAGAAUCUUAUUGUGAUCGACAUUGGCGCAAACUUAACAAACAAGAAAUAUAGCCGUGAUCUCGAUUCGGUGGUUCAAAGGGCAAAAGAUGCAGGUGUCCAGAAGAUCAUGGUCACAGGUACAUCGGUUCGAAGCAGUAAAGAAGCACUGAGACUGACCCGCUUAUAUCCGAGCACAAUAUACUCAACAGCAGGGGUGCACCCGCACGACGCGAAGUCAAUGUCGGAGGAGGAGGCGUGGGCGGAGCUGGCGGCCACGGCGGCCGCGCCCGAGUGCGUCGCGCUCGGCGAGUGCGGCCUCAACUACACCAAGGACUUCUCCGAGCCCGGCGUGCAGCGGGAGGUCUUCAAGCGGCAGGUCGAAAUGGCGUGCGAACUCCGAAAACCGCUCUUUGUUCACGAAAAGGAAGCCCAAGAUGAUUUAAUAAAAAUUCUCGAUGAAUUCGGCAACCGCUUACCGCCCGUCGUCAUCCACUCGUUCACGGGCUCAGUGGAGCAAGGGAUCAAGUAUAUAGAGAAGGGCUUCUACCUUGGUAUCACAGGGUACAUAUGCAAGGAUAAAUCAGACGGCGGUAUUAGACGGCUGCUCUCAGAGAGGAUAUUGCCGUUGGACAAAUUGCUCGUCGAAACCGAUUCGCCCUUCAUGUACCCGAAUAUGAGGGCUUCGAAACUGCCCUUGCACGUUAAGGACUCGUUAACUGAGAGAUCCAUGACGUUCGUGAACCGCUACUGCACGUUCCAACGCAACGAGCCGUGCGCGCUGCCCGCCAUCGUGGAGCUCAUCGCCGGCUUCCUGGCGCAGCGGCCCGAGGACGUGGCGCUCGCCACCGCCUUCAACGCCCUCAAGCUCUUCGGCCUCAGCCAGUAAUGUACGCACUCCGGAUCUGGAACUUUUGGACUGUCGAUGUAACGUUUCGAUGACGGUAUUUAUUCUUCAGGUUACGUGACGUCCUGUUUUGGGGAUUGCUGUCAUUAUUGUGACACGAUUUGAUAUUCUGUCGAUUAGGUUUAUUGGAGUGAAAUGUUUUUUUUAUAUAUUAAAUGGCUUACGUUUCGAUUUAAAAUCAAAUCGAUGACGAUAAAGCUCAUUGUAUACCCGCGAUAAAAAUGAGCGCAGUCGUAUAUUGUAUCUGACAGUCCAAAAAUCUCCAGGUCCUGGUGAUUGAAAUUAAAUAAACGAAAAUUAUAUUUAUGUACCCAUAUUUACGCGAAAUAUUGUGCCUUUAUUCAUACAACAUAUAUUUUAUAUUUAAUCAUAUAUAAUAAGUAUAUUUAUAGCGAUUGAAUGUUACCUAAUUAAGAGAUUUAUUCAAGAGUUAAACAUAUAAUAUACUUAUACAUAUGUUGGUUUCUUCAGACGUCAAUUUAUAUGACAGCGAUAGAAACGAUUAUACACAUGUUAAGGAUAUAUGACAAUAAUAAUAUGACAUUGGGAUGUAGAGGGAGACGGGUAGUGGAAAUAAUAAGGGGGGAGAAAUGUUUGUGUUACAAAGCCCACUGAGCGCUGGUCUCGCCACGCAAAUUUUAUUAUAUAAAUGCAAAAGCAGCUCGUCUUGUCAAUGUAACCCUCAUACGGCAUUCAGAGGCUAUUUUAUAUGAAAAUUUGCAUUGUUAUGUCUUGCCAUCAUUAUUUAAUGAUAUAUUAACGCGUCUCCUAAUUUAUAAAUAUCAAAUUAGUGCCGGCCAGGUUGUCUAGUUUAGUGUGAUUUUUGCAAAAUCAAACGAAUAAUAAUUAUAUUAAAGUAUAUAUAUUUUUUAUUAAUAUUUAAAGCGUACCUGAACGCUUCGAGACUAAUGCCAUUUAUAAUUAAUUAAAUAAAAAAUAAGUUUCAUAAUAUUUCUAUGACGAUAUAUUGUCUGUGGUUAUUUUUUUUGUCUAUUAUAUUUUUUACACGGUAUUUGUGUAGGUCUUUUAUGUUGUUUUUUUUUGCGUUUUGCACAUGCCUUUGAUGUAUUUAGCAAUAUAAUUGCGUUCGCACACAUGUGUUUGGUGACGUCACAACUAAAUACAUGUAUGCGAGUGUAUAAUUAAUAUGGUGGCAAUCGAUGACAACUUAGUCAUUAUGAUCUCAAUAUGUCUACGAAUGUAUAGAGAUAUAUUUUUUAUAUAAAAAUCCAGCUGUGACGUAGCUUUAAAUAAAAA